GGAUAUAUAGUACCUACCUGACUUGAAGGGAUGGGAUCUCUUUCCCAUUCUUUCGGGAGAGUAUCGCGUCUAAGCACUUAGCGUCUGCUGGAUCUGGUCAUUGAUCUGCCUGUACGAACUUGCGGCAUACAGACAGGAUGCAUCACGCAACGAUUCUCGGCCUGCUCGCCGCAGCUGUCACAGUCUCGGCCCGCCCGCCUCACUCACACGACCACGCAGCAUCGACCGGCGCCAUCAAGUGCCCUAUCGUCUUCGACGGGCGCGUCAAGGCCACCACCGCCCUCACCGAUUUCGACAGCUACAGCACGUCUCUCUUCAACCCGGACUAUGUCAAAGGCCAGAACCUGAAGUGGAGCCAGAUCAUAAAGUUCCCGCAGGCCGCCAGCAACGCCCGCUUCGACAACGAGAGCUACAGGCCGUUCGAGGUGACCAUCAGCGACGCCAGCAUCUUCCAGACCCAGCGCGGCUUCCGGCGGGCGGGCCUGCAGUUCCAGGGCGACACCAACAACGGCAGCCCGGGGACGAAGGGGGUCAAGACGAUCCAUUUCAGCAUCAAGUGGGAUGCGCAGCGGGCCCUCAACCUUAGCCACGAGUACCUGAACGUGUGGCACGAGGCGGCCGACUACAGCGCCAACCAGUUCAACUUCGAGGCCGGCGCCAUCCUGGGCCAGUCGAGCCUCCCCAAGGACACCUGGAAGGUGCUGGACCGCAACAACAGGCAGAUCUGGUCGACCCAGAUCUUGAAGAACGACUGGCAGAACUUUGCCAUUACUUUGGACUUCAACAAGAACACCCUCCAAGUGUACUACUCCAAGGGCGACGAGCCGCUCAAGAGCGUCACCAGUGCCGUUUCAAACAACAACGCGGGCGAGGGCCAGUACCAGAUCGGCAUACUCAAGAAGCCGACCGGUACGAGCGACGUCGUGAACUCGGGCUACCAGGAGAGCAACCUCAAUGAGGGCCUGAUCUAUGGGAGCCUGUUUAUCGAGGACAGCGCCAACGGUUGUGUUUCAUUGUAGGACACUGCGCACCUGGUGACUGUACUUUGUGUGAGCGGCUGUCUCAUUCAUUAUGGUCUGUCUGCCAUUGAUAGAGCGAAGCUUAUGACUUUAUUUUACAAAACACAGCAAUUCCUCCCAUAUGACUAGCCCGACAUGCUCAGAAGAGAGGCAAUAUCACAUUCCCGUCCAU